GCCAGCUCAGACAGAGAGGAGGCGGCAUGGGAGUGGGACAGUGUGUGAACAGGAGAGGACCAAACAGUAUUCAGCUGACUCCGACUGGAAUUUACGACCCUGACUGGAAGAUCUUUCUCUAGUUUUGUCCCUGUCUUCCAUUGCUCCUCUCCUCUCCCCUUCCCCUCCCCUCCCACCCCUCUUUCCCCUUUCCCCCCCUCAUCCUCUGGCAGUUAUCCCACCCUCAGCUCCUGCUUCAGGCGGCUCCUCCGGGCAUGCUCCUUAAGCCAAAGUAUGACCGCUUUCGCAACGAGUCUGUGACCUCCUCCGACGACCUGAUGCAGAGCUUAGCCAUGAGUGGCAAAGUUGUAGCCACGCCGGUGGUCCCUUCCUCCACCCCAAGCCUUCCUCUGCCUCCCCUGCCUCCUCUGGAUCCGAGUGCCAGGUCCUCCUCCUCUGCUGGGGCUACAGCCCUGGCUGACUCGCCGUGCCUGGAUGGGGAACAGGAUGCCACUACAACCUUCUGCAUGCUCAUCCCUAAGAUGCCCCAGUGGAAGUUCUCCAACUCCCUGCUCAGCCGGAGCCCCUCCAACUCCAGCUCCAGCUCUAGCUCCAGCAAGGACUCAGCCAAGGCAGCAUCAGCUGCUUCUCAGGCCUCUGGCUCCCCUUCUUCUUCAUCAUCAUCAUCACAUAGGCCAAGUGUUGCGACCUCUGCCAGUGGCCCAGUGGCCAGUCUCGCAGCGGUGCUUAACUCCUGCGACCCUGUGUGUGUCACCCCUUGUUCCUUACAGGCCAUCAGGGGCCAGAGAGCAGUUGCGGUGGCAAAUUCAGCCAACCCAGGAGGGCACGGAUUUGGGGUAACUGAGGCCAUGGCGAGCCCUGGAGGUUCCAGCAGCUCCAGGUCAGGAAUAAAUCGUAGGACAAGAGUGGAAGGGGCUAUGUGGCUCGGAGGAGAGGAGUUCAACCAGAAGGGCAGCUUCAUCCACAAACCGUCCCAGGGCUGGCUGCAUCCGGACAAGAAGAUUGCAGGACCAGGGGCCUCAUAUAUUGUCAGGUACAUGGGCUGUAUUGAAGUACUGAAGUCAAUGCGCUCCUUAGACUUUAACACUCGCACUCAGGUGACAAGAGAAGCCAUCAACAGGCUGUGUGAAGCUGUGCCAGGAGGAAAGGGGGCCUGGAGAAAGAAGACACUAAACAAAGCUCUCCAGUCCAUCAUGGGGAAGAGUAACCUUCGUUUCGCAGGCAUGAGCAUCGCUGUCAAUAUUUCCAUCGAUGGCCUCGGUCUCCUCAUCCCCACAACACGACAGGUGAUAGCACACCAUCCCAUGCAGUCCAUCUCAUUUGCCUCUGGGGGAGACACGGAUACGCCUGAUUAUGUUGCAUAUGUGGCCAAAGACCCGGUCAAUCAGAGAGCCUGUCACAUCUUGGAGUGCUCAGACGGUUUAGCCCAGAGCGUCAUCAGUACCAUCGGUCAAGCCUUUGAGCUGCAGUUCAAGCAGUACCUACACAGUCCUCCCAAAACCAUGGCAUCUGUGGAGCGGUCUGUGAGGAUGGAGGAGCCAAUGUGGGGGGAGGAUGAGGACUUCUCAGAGCAUGAUUACUACAAUAGCAUCCCAGGGAAGGAGCCUCCUGUUGGUGGAGUGGUGGACUCCAGACUUAGACCCAGUGGAGCCCUGCUAGGUCACAUCCACACCCAACCACAGAGCAAGAUGACAGCACAGAUGGGCUCACCAGCAAGGAGGGACCAAACAUCAUACCCCCCUGGUCAGCUGUGUUAUGAACUUCACUGGGACACAGAAACCACCAGUGGCUCAGGUCUGACGUCAGAUGGUUACCUGUGUGCGGACGGUCAGCCAACGGGUGGCAGAGACUAUGAGGAGCAUCAGUACGUCAACACUCAGAGUCUGGAAAACCUGGAAUCUCUGGCCCAGGAGCCCAGUGGACACAGAGGGGCCCGACCACCUGACAGCCCCAAAAAAGACCUGUUUGACAUGAGGCCCUUUGAGGAUGCACUCAAGCUUCACGAGGCCAGUGGUGGAGCAGCUGGAGGUUCUGGAGGUGGUCCAGUCGGAGCAGGAGGAGGUGGUGGAGGUGUGCGGGUCCUGGAGGACCAGUGGCCCAGCCCUCCUCGCCGUCGGGCCCCUGUGGCUCCAAAUGAGGAGCAGCUUCGCAGAGAGACUUGGUACCACAGCCGCAUGAGCCGACGAGAUGCAGAAAAACUCCUGGUCCGAGAUGGAGAUUUCCUGGUCAGGGAGAGCACGACAAACCCCGGCCAGUAUGUGCUGACUGGCAUGCACUGUGGGCUGCCCAAACACCUACUGCUGGUGGACCCUGAGGGAGUGGUCCGGACCAAAGACAUGUUAUUUGAAAGCAUAAGCCACCUUAUUUCAUACCACCUGAAGAAUGAGUUGCCCAUAGUAGCAGCUGAGAGUGAGCUUCACCUCAAACAGGUGGUCCGGAGGAAACAGUAAUGCAUUAGGCCCUGCAUGUUAUGAGAUUAAUUCUGGCAUGCCCUCUCCAACCACAAAAAACUGAAGCUGAAAAUCUUUCAUCAUGGAUGAUUAUUCACCACAGUGAACAAAGGACAACACUAAUGCUUUCUCUCCAUGGAUACAUCUAUUAAGGAAAAGUGGGACGUACAACAUCUCCUCUGCACGUUCUGUCUGUUGGUUAUCCAGAUCAACCAAACUGUUCCUCAUCUGUCAUAAACUCCUCAACUAUGCAGCUAUUAAGCUAACAAAACCAACCAAAAUGCAGUUUUAGUGCUGGGAAGUUUCAACCUAUGUCACAAAGAUAAUAGCCACAUGUUGGGAUGGGACCCUGUGUUGAGAUACGAUAAUGCACAGUGAAGUGAUGCCCUAAUGCCUGUAAAAGGGACGUGCUUCCAGUCUUUCACACCUCAUCUGACCAGUCUGUGACCCAUGGAGGGAAAACAUGGACCUGUAUCGUUCAUUGAAGAAAUAAUGGAUGCCGCCAGAACAAAGCUGUAACUGAACAUCUCAUGCUGAUUGAGCAUAAAAGCAGAAGAAAUAUCUGGUUCCAUAAUCAGUAGUUUCAAGAAAGAAAAUGAAAGGAAUUGAAAAUAUGGGACUAUUAGAGACAAAUGAAGAAGGAUCUGCUUCAGCGGAACAUGAAGACUGUUGUUACAUGAUCACAGGUCAGCAGUGCCUGACUCUGAGAGGCACAACGGAUAAACACUGAUUGGUUCUUUAAUUUGAAACACAUGAUCAUAGCCACACAAUCUUUUUAUUUCUCAGAAUACCAAAAUUCACUUUUUAAUGGAAUUUGUUUUGAAGACAUAGACCAUGUUGGACAUAAUCAUCUGUGUCCUUUACAGUGCAGUCAUACCACGCCUCCUCAUGUUGUCUGAAGAGUACAAUAGAUAGUUUUAUUACAUUUACCAAAAAUCUGUCAUUUAUGUUGUGUUCUUAAGGGCUAGUUGAGACAUACUGUACAUGUUGUGAACCUGUGCACAUUAUUGUUCUGACUGUUCUCUUUGGCUAAAUACUACAGUACAUUUUAGUUUAAUACCAACUACUCUGCUUAAAUCCUCAGUAUAUCUGUCCAUGCCUGUACAUCCUCGUCCCUUCACCUUCAGUGCCUUAUUAACUACAGGCAUUUGUGUUUAUAAUGUGCAUUUAUGCUCCUAAUGCAAAACAGUAGUUUUUCUUGCCAUGCCAAUGAAUGACUGAACAAACUUGAGGAUGAUAAACCUCUUAUACUUGUCAACAGUAAUGUAAGCUGCUCUCCUUUUGUGGUGGAUAAUGUUUAGUUUCAUCUCAGUUUGUCAUAAUUUUACGUGUUCAAUCCCCUUCUAGAAUUAAGCCAUAAACAGCGCUUCUCUAAUGAGACUGAUUUUAAAAAUGGGGAUUUGGAAGUGAAAUUAAAUCUUUUUUGUGUCCCAACUCAGGGAAAUACAUUUUAUUGAUUGACCUAUCCCAUGUCUAAUCUUGUUUUGGUGUACUUUUUGUCAAUAACUUUGCAACAUCAUGUUCCCCCAUGACAGACUUUUAAAGCCUCUGAGAACUUAAAAUAGGUGAAAAAG